UGGGCCACGCAGUUGUUGAUUCACAUGCAAAUGAAGCUCACUCCCUCCCCAGCUUGCAUUGCUCGCCUGAGUGAGGUGCUCAGCGCUCACUCCACGACUUUGCCAGGCAACAUUUGCAAGCUCCCCUCUGACACGUUGCUGUGAAGAGAAAGCAGCGAGCUUGACACUGUCUUAGUGUUUGGGUGCCGGGCCAGGGCUGAAAGCAAACAGCCCUGCAGAGAUCGAGAGCACUCCUGCUUUCCAGUGAAGAGUGCUGUCUCAGAGGAGGAGGCGGAGGAAGGCACUCGCUCCCCCGGGUGGCUGAAGGGGUGGCUCUCUUGGUGACGGCGUGCGAUGAGACCCGAGUGCUAAGUGGAGUAUGCUGCAGACGAUUUACGAGGGCGAGUCAAGUUUCUCCACAACAGACGGCCGCGUUGGAGCCCAGCCGCUCCUUUACCAGAGCAGGAUGCACAACGUGAACAGUUCAGUGGAGAUUAAGUCCGACGUCCCACUGGUUGUGGAACCCAUAUCGCCGUUAGACCUGCGCACAGACCUGAGGAUGCUGGGGCCAGGUUCGGACCCGGGAUUGUGGGAGCGGCAGUUGCAGCAGGAGCUCCUUCUCAUCCAAAAGCAGCAGCAGAUCCAAAAGCAGCUGCUCAUCAGCGAGUUCCAGAAACAGCAUGAGAAGUUAACCCGUCAGCACCAGGCUCAGCUCCAGGAGCACCUCAAGCUUCAACAGGAGCUCCACACCAUGAAACAGCAGCAGGAACUUGCAGAGAAGGAGCGCCGUCUGGAGCAGCAACAGCAGCUGCAGCAGCAAAACCAGCAGCACCAACAGAGCCAGCAGCAGAACCAGCAGGAGAAAGAGCAGGAGAGGCAUCGGCGAGAGCUGCACAUCUCCAGCAUGAAUCUAAGGGCCAAAGAGCGAGCCAGAGAGAGUCUCACAGGUGCAGUGGCCAGUACAGAGGUGAAGCAGAAACUCCAAGAGUUUCUGUUGAGCAAAUCAGCAAAGGACCCCACCGGUAAUGGUGGCAAUCAUUCAUUCAUCCACCACCCCAAGCUCUGGUACAGGUCCUCUCAUCAUAUCUCUCUGGACCAAAGCUCUCCACCACUGGGCGGCAUGUCCCCGACCUGCCAUUACACUCUGCCAUCACCCGUUGACGGCAAGGACGACUUCCCCUUGAGGAAGACAGCCUCCGAGCCCAACCUGAAGGUACGGUCCAGACUGAAACAGAAAGUAGCUGAGAGGCGGAGCAGCCCCAUGCUCAAGAGUAAAGAUGGCAACCUCGUCACACCGUAUAAGAAGAGGGCACUCGAGCUCAUGGACUCCACACCCACAAAAAGUGCCCCUGGCUCCGGCCCCAGCUCCCCCAUCGGGGCCUCCAGUGCCUUGGGGGCAGAAAAUGGACCCUCCUCUUUGCCUACUACCACAAAAACUGAGCGAUGGCCUUCGCAGCCAAGAUUAUUCCGACCAGAGAGCUCCGUGUCCGUCUUGAGUUUAUACACAUCCCCGUCCUUACCGAAUAUUUCUUUUGGGCUUCCAACUGCGUCUUCACCUAUCAGCGCGGCUGUUGGCCUAAAAGACAGAACAAUAGAGAGCAAGCAUGGACUGCCAGGACAUCUUCUAGGUCCUGUGCCUCUUCAGAACGGUCUGGAAUCCAAAGUGAGCCCCAGUCACCAGGCUCUGCUCCAGCACCUUCUCCAGAAGGAGCAGAUGAGGCAGCAGAAGAUGCUUUCCACUGGUCCAGGCCCCUUGUCAACCCACCCUCUGUCCCCUCUGGCCAUGAAGGAUUGCUCAUCCAGCACUCGGCCAAAACCACCCAAACAUCGGCCCUUGAGCAGGACCCAGUCAGCGCCACUCCCUCAGAACACACUGGCACAACUUGUCAUCCAGCAGCAACACCAACACUUCCUGGAAAAGCAGAAACAAUACCAGCAGCAAAUCCAUAUAAAUAAGCUGCUGUCCAAGUCCAUUGAGCAGUUACGUCAACCCAGCGCGCACCUGCAGGAGUCCAAGGAGGAGCUGCUCCACGGAGAGCAGCCGGAGCGCAUGCAGGAGGACAGGCUGCCCCCCGGAGGAGUCAUCCGGAAGCACACGCUGAGCAGCAGCGGCAGCAGCGGCGGCGGCUCCAGCGUGGAGCUCCCCGACCCGCACUACGGGGUCAUCAAGGUGAAGGAGGAGCCCCUGGAUAGCGAGGACGAAAGCUUGGAGGCGGAGAGGAGCUCCUAUCUUCACCAGGUCAAAGGGAGGCUGGUGAUAAGAGCCAUGAUCUGAGGAUUACGGGGAGCCCGUCACACACUCCAACAUUCGCAGCACAUCCCUGUAGUGUACACACACACGCGCACACACACGGCGGCACUGUAGGCCCUUUGUGGCCGCAGCGGCAAACCAUCCCUUUUCCACUCGUUCAUCACUCCCUUUGAGACUAUCCGCCAUCCUCGUAGUAAAUAUGUAGGCUACAUUGUUGUGUACAUAAUACCAAGACAAACGAGCUGCUUAUGGUCGUUUGGAGUCUACUCGGCUGACAGAAGAUGAUGUACAUGGCCGCUGUCUAUGUACUGUGGAUUUAGCAUCAUAGUCUACGCUAUCUCAAGGGGACAGGUUAGGCAGGUGCACGGUGCGGACGAGCCAACUCGAGUUCCCACCGUGCAUAUUUUCACCACUGAAUGCUCCUCGGCACUGAAUAUGAUCAUGAAUCUUUGCAGUAUGUUCAAGGGAUGGGGUGGGGGGGGUAUACCUACUCUGUUAUUCUGGAAAAUCUACAUUGAUGUUCUAUGUUAAAGGUUGAACAUCUGUCUUAGCCAGAAUGUACAUUUUAAAUGCUGACACGGGACGCUCCCCCGUGUUGAGCGAUGUCGAUGGAAUACGGUCCACAUCUCGGAUUGCAGUUUUUAGGAUAAAGCACUCACCCCCCCCCACCCACACCAGCGACUCGGGUGCACAUGCAUCACCCAACACUCACUCGCUAGCGUUCUGUCUCUGUCUGGGCCCCGUGUUAGCUGAGCUCUCCUCCCCUGCGGGUCCAAAUCAAAACGCUCCUGCCCAGCUUUCAGCAGAGGAGUCAGAGCGAGCGAGCGAGCGAGAGAGAGCGAGAGGGCCGGGCAGGAAAUGCCUUCUAGAAGCCAGGAGUUGGAGUGAUUCAUGUGUGCAAGAAUGUUUGCGAGAGAGGAGGGCCUUGGCUUGGACUAAGUCAGGAGUCUAAAGGGCCAGGCUUCACAAUUGAUUUACUGUCAAGGCGAAUUACAAAGUGAGUGGGGAUACGGUCAAGGGAGUCCUAUAUAUGGGAGAUGGCUUCCUCUCUUUUCCCCAGUGGGCAUGCUUACCUCAACGUGCAGGUUUGAUGUAAGGCAUAAAGAAAACAAAGAAAAAAAAAAACAGGAUGGGAUAUUUUCUCAUUCGAUCCCAUUUCCCUUAAAAGUGCCCAUUGCGACAUGUAUAGUCUGUCUUAAAAGUGAUCAGUCCAAUGUAUCGGAUAGCUGUAAACCGUCCCGUUCCGUUUGUAAAACUGCUCGUGAGAGUCUGUGUUUGGAUCCACGUGAGCUGUCUGUCUUAUGAACCGUACAUGUCACUUUGUCCGGGUUUUAUUGUGCUAGGUUGAGUAAACACCGUCAGAACAACGCGAGUCCUUUUCUCUUGCCUCUUUGAGUGAAUUGUGAUGACGAGAGAAGAACUUCUUGGGUGUGAAAUGUCAAAAGGAAGAGUUUUUGUUUGUUUGUUUGUUUGUUCUUCUUUUGGCCUUGUGUGACACCUUUUUUUAAGAAAAUAAAAAUAAAAUUAAUUUACCU